CAGAAGAAAGAAAGAAAGAAGAAGAAGAAAAUACUUUUUGUACAAAGCAGAUGAUGAUACAUAAUUUAAAUGAAUUGAAGCUUAAAUCUGCAGAGAGUCUAUAUUGUCGUAUAUUAUUUAUACUGACGUACAACUAAACAUGGCGGAUUUCAAGAAACGAACGUUGGUGGGUCUGAUUUCAACAACUUUUAUACAGCUUGCAUUGCUCCUUUCUAUGACCACAUACUGGCGUAUAUUAAGGGAAGAACCUCCGGAAGAUAAAAAGCAACAACAGCAGCUAUGUUACAACUUGGGUCGGUUUUUUACCAGUUCUGAUAAAGAUACAUGUCCAGUAGGCUUAAAGAUGAAUAUGAAAAAUGAUACAAAAACAUGUUGCGGAAACUCGGAUUUAAUCUUUGGUAACUUAGUAACAAAGGCUGUGUCUGAAAAGUACAACAGUGAUGCCAAUCCUGAAUUGCCUUCGUUAGAUCUUAAAUUGGACCAUUGCAACAAGACCAGAAUGAAACCGCCAAUGGUAAAACUUUUUGGACUCGCAUGUGACAAAAAUCAAGUCGAAGAGGGUAACUCUUCAAAAAUAUUCUGGAAUUCGAACAUUCAAACAUAUGCUACAUCCGGUCUGACAUACACAUCCGAUGAUGGUACAAUUAGUGUAGGAAAGGCAGGAUACUACUUCGUUCACUCGCAAAUAAAAGUCAAAGUCAUCAGCACAAUCGAUACAGAUGAUGAUGUCCGUGAUAUCUUCACUCACAACGUACAUCUGAUUCCAAGCGAAAAGAACACGAGCUCUACUAUUCUAGAAGACAUAAAAUCCCAAUGUGAAAUGGCAUCCGAAGAGUCCGAACUCACGAGCGUUAUAGGUGGUGUCUUCAAGCUUGAACAGGGAGAAAGAUUGUUCGUUGCAACAUCACACCCCAAUCGUCUAGUACAGGGAGAUAAUUGCAUUGUCUUCAGCAUGUACAGUUUGUAAUUGAUUUUGUUAAAGAUGUUAGAAUAUUCUUUUAAUAAAACCUAGUAAACUUAAAUGUAAACUGGAUAAUACACACACAAAAAAAUAAAAAUAAAAUGAAAUUAAAGGAUUUCGUUUCAACACUAUGUGAUGUGUUUAUAAAUUGUAAUAUCAUAAUUUCAGAGACUUUUUAUUUUUAUUUCUUUUAAAGAAAUUAUACAUACCUGAGAAUCUAGAGAUAAUUGAAAUUUUCGAGUAACAGCAGAAUGUUAAUAUUAUUGUACAUGUAUAUUUGUUUUUACUCUCUUAAACUCCUUUUGAUGUGCCGUAAACAGAAAAACAACAUUAACAUUAAUAUUUAAAACACAAACACAGAUUUGUUUUGUAUCAAAAUAGUUAUUGUAAAUCUAUAUUACGUUUAAAUGCUCUAGUAGUUUGAGAGAAUUUGGUUUUACUGACAGUUAAUAAACGUAAAUAUAAGUCAUACAAAUGAAAGUGGUGUUAACCUUUAUACAAAAUACUCACAAGAUGUGGUAAAUCAUAAACGUGCAACCACUGUUAUUAGGAUGUAAUACAAUGUAUAAUAGGAUAAAAUCAAAUCAAUGUGUUUCUUUUAUACCCCUAUGUACCUGGCACAAUAAAUAUUAUAUCAUUUAAGAAUCGAACCUAUGUAAAAUUUUAACAUGAAUAUAAGCUGAAUAUUGAACAUAUUUCAUACAUUUUACACAUAGAACAAUAGAUGUUUCGUUUUAUUAACAGCAAUUGUAUUUCCAUCUUAAUGGAAAAAAUGCCCAGUAAGUAAAAUAAUGCAUUUGCUAUUCUAGUGCAGAAUCGCAGAAAAAGGUUAUGUUUUUUAAAUACUUGUCAGUGAGUACACAACAGUUUUUUUUUCAUUAUUUUUUUCAUGAUCUGGUGAAUUUUAACAUUCUACAUGCAUGUAUAAUUCAAGAUGUCGUUUGUUGAUGGAAAAACUGAAGUUACAUCCAGAUUAAUGUCACAGUAUCAUAUGUCUAUGUAUAACAGUGUCAAGUCAAGAGUGAAAUAUAUGUACCAAAUAAGCGAUAGCUUUAAGUGUCACCUUGGCGUUACAAGGUGAAUCUUUGUCUCCCUUCCUUUUUUCCAUGUUUGUUAAUGAUCUAGAAAGCAUGUAUACGAGUAUAGAAACAAAAUGGUGUUGAAGAAAUUGAUUCGUAUAUUUUUUUAAAUGUUUAUUAUAUUGUAUGCUGAUGAUAUUGUCAUUUUUGCAAAUAGUAGUGAAGAGUUACAAGUAAAUUAAGAUUUGUACUUUCAAUGUUGUAACUCAGUAAAAACGAAAUUUAUAAUCUUUCGUAAAGGUAGAAUAUUAAAAAAUAAUAUUAAUUUUACAUAUGGUAAUCAAAUACUUGAAAUUGUUAAAAGAUUUGUUUAUCUUUGGAUAGUUUUUUUCCACUGGGGGUUAAUUUUUGAUGUCCAGAAGACUCUCUCUGGUCAAUCGUUGAAAGCAAUAUCUAAAAUGAAUAAGUACUUACAUAUGUUUACAAAUAUUUCUGUUAAACACAAAUGAGAUCUUUUUGAUAAAGUAGUUGUACCUAUAUUAAAUUACGGAUGUGAAGUGUGGGGCUUUUUAUAGUGGAAACGCAGUAGAAAGAGCACGUCUUCAGUACUGUAAGCGUCUGUUAGGUGUCAAAAAAACCCAACCCAAAACGACAUUGUGUAUGGUGAAUCAGACAGGUACCAUUGCAAAAUUAUAGAUAUUAUGCAAACGUUAAAUUUUGGUUAAAAAUUUUACAAUCAGAUUCAAAAAAUAUAUCAAAUCAUAUACAGUAUGUUGUAUCAAGAUAUUAUAGAUAAGCCACGGACAAAAAUCUGGUGUUUAUUGUUAAGAGAUUUAUUAUCCUAGUGGUAGAGCGCCUGCUUCGAGUGCAGGAGGUUGUGGGUUCGAUCCCCGGCCGCGUCAUACCAAAGACGUUAAAAAUGGUACUAGUAGCUUCCUCGCGUAGCGCUUAGCAUUAGGAGGAUAGUGCUAGGACUGAUCAGCCCGGUGUCAGUAUAAUGUGACUGGGUGGGAUAUCAUGUCACGUGUCUACGGUGUGAUAUUCCAGUGGGGCAGCCCUAUAAAAUUGGCCAUUGUGCUCACUGCUACCAGUAGACACCGUCGUUUAUAUGACAGAAAAAGAAUGAUGAAAAAGACGUUAAACCCGAACACACACGCACACACGCACACACACACACACUUGGAUUCCCUGAUGUUUGGUAUUAUCAACAGUUGGUGAUAUGACUAUGUUUCUUGUUUUGAUCAAACAACGAAUAAAUGAUCAAUUUAUGCAAAAUUAGAGAAGUAGACAAGAUGACUCUACUAGAGCACUUUUUUUUAUAUAAAAACAUUGCUAAUUUUAAAUUUCAACCAUAUGCCAAUGUAAUCAAUAUAUCAAAAUUAAGAAUAUGUGUAGCUAGACUUCGAUUAUCAUUUCAUAGACUUUGCAUUGAAACCGGCGGAUGGAAUACACCAGUCAGUUCACCUUUAAAUGAACUUAAAUGUAUAAUAUGUGAUACAUUUGAAGAUGAAUAUCAUUUUGUGCUAGAAUGUGUUAUAUAUUCUGAACUUAGAAAGCAAUUGUUAUCUCUGUGUUACUGGAAAGUUUAAAUAUGUUUAAAUUCAUAAGGCUAAUGAAUUCGGAAAAAAGUCAAACAUUAAAAAGUCGUGGAAGUUUUGUAAACAAAGCAUUUAUUUUGAGAUCAGACUUAUUGUAUAAAAACACGUGAUUUAGAAUCAUAUACAAAAUUAGUUAUAUUUAACGUGACUGUUAUGUAAUCUAGUGGUUACUAACUGCGCUUUUAUUUUUGCAACAGACAAGCGUUAUUUUCCGCCGUUUUUUCUUGUCUUUCUCGUUUCGGACAAGACAAACAUCAAAGUUUGGAAUGCGCUUUUUAAUAACUUUAUAUUAAUAAUGGUCGUUUUUUUUUAAUAUUUGAAUUGAUAAUUUCCACAUGGGUCUAUUGCCUAAUGGAUAUGUGAAAUAAACUUGUUAUACUUGUUAAAACUUAUCAUAUGAUUAAGGCUGAGCAGUCUUUAAAAUAUGAUUGAUAUAUGUUUAUAUAACCUUAUCUAAGAAAUGAUAUAUUUCAAAACCAGAAUUUGAUAAAAUUAGAAGCGAUACUUAAGGAGGCUAUAUGUUUGCUGAAUAUUUUCACAAGUGUACCACUGAAUGGCAUCAAGUGCCAAAUAGUGUGUCGAUGUGACAUCAAAGUUGUCAUGUUGUAGUGGAAAUGUACAUAUCUCUUUUUUCUAAUUUUUAUGCCCCCGGCAUCUACUGAUGUGGGAGGCAUAUAGUGAUAGUCCUGUCCGUCCGUUCGUUCGUCCGUCUGUCCGUACGAGGUUAACCAAAUGGGACCGUUUCGUCUAGCAUCAAUAUCCCUUACUAGAAUGACUUGAUACUAAUGCAGAUGUAACCUGUGACCAUUCCUCAUCUACAGACAUCACCUGACUUCAGUUUGACCUUGACCUUGGCCUCAUUUUGGUCUUAGAUUGCUUUAUAUGGGCCAUCUCUUGGUUAACUAAAUGGGACCAUUUCGUCUAGCAUCAAUACUACUUAAAAGGAUGAAUUAAUACUAAUACAGAUGUAACCUGUGACCAUUCCUCAUCUUCAAACAUCACCUGACCUCAGUUUGACCUUGACCUCAUUUUGGACUUAGGAUGCUUUAUAUGGGCUAUCUCUUGGUUAACCAAAUGGAACCGUUUCGUCUAGCAUCAAUACCGCUUACAAGAAUGAAUUGAUACUAAUACAGAUAUAACCUGUGACUAUUCCUCAUCUUCAAACAUUACCUGACCUCAGUUUGACCUUGACCUUGUUUUGGACUUAGGUUGCUUUGUAUCGACAAGGAUGCCACCUUUACUGAACGCAGCUCCUUGUUCAUUACUGUUUCAUGUAUAGAUCUGUUCUAAUAAUGCUCCGUCACUUUAUUCCUGACACAGACCUUUUUAUAUAUUCCAAGUACUUCAGGCAUGUUUUAUAGAAAGUAUACAGAUGAGCGUCUUUAAUGGUUUUUGCGUGUCUUGUAGUAAAAUAAUGAUAACAAUCUUCAAUUAGUAAUGACGAAUAUUGCUGCAUAGUAAAUAUGGUAUUGUGUGUUAACAGUUAACUAGUGAUGAGUUGUUUUUUUCUGUUUUUUUUUUUUAAAGGUAAUACAAUAUGUAAAUAAAUGCAAACAUAACAUAAAGACAUGGAAAUCAUCAGUGGUGUGAAUUUACAUUAGUAUAGGUGGGAGAUCGGAUUCAAAAGUGUUAUCUUUAGAUACGACGAUAACGUUUGCUAUUUUUGACAUACGUACUCAAUUGUACAACCACUUUACGACACUAGCUUACGAUAAAGUUUGCAAUGUUACUUCCGUGUUUUUGUUAAAUGGACUUAAUACGGAUUCUCUGAUGACAACAAUUUUAAAAAAAAAUCAGGUCAUUCGGUCUUUUCCAGUCAUAUUUAUGUACGACAUGUUAUUGAAGUAAAAGUUCAUUAAAUAGUUUGCAUACCAUCAAACAAUAUUAUUUUCCUAAUUCAUUACAGUAAAAGCAUUUCUUUUCGUUUCUUUCAAUUUUUCUAGGUUUAUGCCAUCUUCCUGUCUUAGCCGCUAAUCUGUGUGCAGGAACUCUUCAUCUUGUCAAAGCAUAUUUACUUUUUAUAUUAUUUGCUGUAUCUAAAUAUAUAUCAUAACUAAUUUCUGAAAA